AUGGCGGCCAAAGUAGCUCAAGUACCCCCUCGCGCUUAUCCGGAAUCGGCCUAUUUGAUGGACGUUUUCACGGCAGCCAGCAUUGGGGAUAAUGAUCUUCUAAAAGAACAUAUCACAAGAGGCGCCGACCUCAACGCCCGAAAUGUCAGUGGCUGGACGGCGGUCCACUACGCCGCCUACCUUGGCCAUGAGCCAACCGUGGCCCUACUCCUUGCUCACGCUGCCAAAGUCGACGUCUGCAACGCCAAGGGCCAAACACCGCUGAUGUUGGCUGCAGCCUGUGGAAACGUCUCGUCGGUAAACUUACUUCUCCAGAAAAAAGCUAGCGUUGAUCGGACCGACGUCAAAAACCGUCAGGCACUGCACUACGCCGCUUCGUGCAGCCAGAAUGUGGCAGUCGAUGUGCUUCUACGAGCGGGAGCCGACCCAAAUUCCACCGACGCAACGGGGAUGACACCAACGCUCGAGGCUUGUGCAGCCGGCCAUGAGCUGACCCUGGUUGCGUUACUCGAAAAAGGAGGAGAUCUGUCGAUUAAGAACAAGCAAGGCGACGAUGGCGCGGCACUUGCCUGCCCAGCCUUACUGCCCACCAUCCGGAAACGACAGGAUUUUGACGAAAUGGGAAUUGCCUACGGACCAAAGAAGAAAAUGCUAAAGGUUAUCGAGAAGUACAAGGAAGUGGGGCAAAUUGUGGUCGAGCAGUUCGAUGGAAGGACCGCCACGAUGGUUCAGCCGUCCGAUGACUUGCAACAAAACGCACUCCGAGAGAUGAUGAAGACGCUGAGCUUUGUGAAAGAGGGCAACGAAAACAUCAAGCAAUAUUCGUUGGAAGCCUUGGAAAAGCUUUCAAACACCUCCAACCAGCAACUCCGCUCUCUGCUCACGAAUAUCAUCGACCUCACCGAACAAGUUGCUGCGAGAACUGCGCGACACGUACAUAAA